CUUUCUUUCUUUUACUUUUACUUUUACUUUUGCUUUUUAAUUUUUUUAUAUAUAUUUUAUUUAUUUAUUUAUUUUAAUACCCAACCCUAUAUUAUACCUGUACAUAUUACAGCCAUGACACUCUGGAAAAACAAACAUACCGAGUUCCCAACCCAAGAGCAGCUUGAGAACCUUAGACUAUACAAGUACGCCGCAGAAGACAAGUCCUAUGUCACAAAAUAUAUCCUUCGUCCUUACUGGGACUGGGCAAUCACUCUCUUUCCUACAUGGAUAGCUCCAAAUUUAAUCACCUUGAUCGGUUUAUUUUUUAUGCUGAUAAAUGUCGUGUUCAUCUUGAUCUGGGUUCCUGACCUUGGCACUGAAGGUCCUUCAUGGAUCUACUUUAGUUUCGCAGCCGGACUAUGGCUCUACUCCACAUUUGACAACGUAGACGGUCGUCAGGCCCGUCGCACCGGUACCUCUUCCCCACUCGGCGAACUAUUUGACCACGGCUGCGAUGCCCUCAACUGUGUCUAUGUUGUCUUGCUCCAGUCAGCCUCACUCGGUCUAGGCCACACUGGCCAGGUUGGUAUCUUGCUGGUCGUCACUGUUGUCGGCUUCUACCUCUCGACUGUAGAGGAAUACUAUACUGGUGUACUCUAUCUUGGUUAUGUAAAUGGUCCUACAGAAGGAAUCAUCAUGUCAUGUUUGGCAUUUAUUGUAUCUGGAGUCUAUGGUGCUGGUGCUUGGCAGGUAGAACUCUUGGACUCUACUUGGUUCAAGUGGGCUGGUGCGUUACUUCCUCAAGGAACUACCUUUGCAAACAUGUUUGUAUGGGGUAUGGUAUUUUUCUUUAUUGUUACACAUUGUCCUAUGUGUUUGUAUGCUAUUCACAAGGCUUGUGUUGAAAAGAACAUCAGCUCCUUCAGAACUUUCAAUACCGUCCUUUAUCCUAUUAUCUCUUACUCUCUCGUAAUCUACUUCUGGCUGUCGUCACCUUACUCUUCGCUCCUCCAGGACCAGCAUGUCAUUCUCUUUUCGCUCUACUUUAAUGUGUUGUUUGGACUGAUUGCUUCGAGUAUCAUUCUUGCCCAUCUCACAAAAUCAGAAUUCCCUCUCUUUACUGGUCUAUUGACCAUGCCCUGGUUAAUGGUCGUGCUUGUGAAUUCACCUGCAAUUUUUGGAACUCGUGUGCUGUCUGCUCGUUCAGAAUACAUCUUGUUGGCCUUUUUCUUUAUCAUCUCGACAAUCUAUUAUCUGUUCUGGGUGUCUACUGUAAUCCGUGCCUUCUGCCAGUUCCUUGGUAUCCGAUGCCUUGUCAUCCGUCGUACUAAGCAAUCGGACAGUAGAAUCUUGACUAGUCACCAAGAUGAAUCUGAUUCUGCCAGUCUGUUGGAUUCUCAGGAAGAGGGUAUCACAGCCGCUGCACACUCACUGCCAUCAUCAGAAAGUAGUGUACCAAAGCAUCAUCAAUCUUACAACACAUUUGCACAGUCAUCCUAAAAUGAAGACAAAAAGGAACGGAUUAUUGCGGUACAUAUUUUAUGUAUAAAAAAAAAAGUCAUCCCACAAAAUCAGAUAAAAAUGUGUAUAUUUUUAUAUAUAAAUCAAGGGUUCAUUAGUCAUUGUUAAUGGAUUACUAGAUUUUAUAUAUUUAUUUAUAUUGUUAAUACAUUAUUAUCACAUAUAUAAUUAAUUAAUUACACAACUCUAUUAACCUUUUCCUCCCCAACCCUUUUAUUCUUCUUCUUCUUUUUUGACAUUAUUAUUAUAUACUGUAUACUUUCUCUCUCUCUCUAACACAAAAAGCAAACACAAUAAUACAAUUCUUACUUACUCUUAAUCCAAAUCUCUCUUGGUUUACUUACUUUCAAUACCUUGUUCUUUCCAAGUGACCAUCCUGUCCUCUUUCCUUUCCAUUCUUUCUUCAUCGUCCUUAUUACAAGAAAAAGUAUUAUUGCCAUUAUUGUCAUAAUACUUAUCGAGAGGAUAUAGUGUGGUGUGGUGUGAUGUGCUAUGAUGUGCUGUAUUGUGUUACGGUGUGUCGAUGUGUUGUAUCU